CCGUCAACAGCGGUGGAAGUUUGGAACCGCCCCUAGAAUAUCGACCCUAACAAGCGGAUCAGGGACGGUGCUACGCAACCAAGAGUGACUGGGGCCAAUCAAUUGUGCAUUUGGUUUCUUGUUCUUAACACUACCCCAACAACGGCUGCAAACGUCAUCCAGUCUGCUCGUCGUUACUUCUGCCACAUCGUCAUCGUCUCACCUCAACGUCUAUCCAACAACUUCACCUUCCGUCCCGCGCCGCAGAAACCAUGGCCGACGACACAGAAUAUACCGAGUCCGACAUUUGGGCGUCGCCAGACCAUGCCGCCCCCGAGCCGCGCCCAAAGACGCCUAGGACUCCCAAGACUCCCAAGACUCCCAAGACCCCGACGGCCCAAGACAGGCAGGUCGACCGCGAAGCCGCCCUGCAAAAGGAACUAGAGGGUGUACGCAAGAUCAACGAGUCCAUCGAGGGCAUCCUGGCUACCCUCGGCCGCACGGACGGGAACAUGGAGGUCGUCUCAAAUACCGUCUCCAACGCCUCGACCCUUCUUAACACCUGGACGCGCAUCCUCUCGCAGACCGAGCACAACCAACGCCUUGUCCUCCAUCCCGGCUGGAAAGGCGCGACGGAAGACCUCGCCGAGCAGGAGGCGGAGGCGCUCGAGAGGCAGCGGGCUGCCGAGCGCAGGGCCGCCGAGGAGGAGCAAAGGCGCGAAGAUCUCCGCCGACGCCGGGAGGAGGAAGAGGAAAGGCGCAGGCUCGGCGCCCCGACGCCGUCUCGUGGCACACGCGGCGCGUCGCGCACCCGGAUGACGAGCCGCGGGCGAGUCAGUUCGCGAGGCGGCACUGCGUCCCACUUGUCGGAUAAUAACAGAUUUGGGACGGCAUCGAGUACUCGCGGCACCUCGGGCACAGGCAGAGGACUCGGCACAACCAGGGGGCGCUCUAGAGCCGCGAGAUGACGGCCUGACGGCCAGUCGCCUCUCGUUUCGCCGUUUUGUCCGCAAAGAUACCCAAUCAUAACAGGAGCCUUUAUUUUGCCUUGAAAAAGUGGCUCAGCUUCUUCAUCCCGCUCGUAUUGACCUUUUUGAGAUCCCUGACGCCGCGACUUUCGUUGGCCUUGCGCUUCUUCUCCUCCUCCAGCUUCCG